AUACUAGUUCAACUGGUUGAAAUAUGCUUCUGUAUAUACACAAGUAAAAGGUGAAUGAUGAAGAGAUAUGUUUUGUCGAUUUGAUGGUAUAAAGAUAUGUUGGAAACACAUUUACAUAGUAUAGUAAGUGGAAUAACAAUAAUGACAUACAUCAUCACUAAUCAGGUAUGUCAAUGUGUGCACAUCUACACAUUUAGGUCACACUCUUAUUAUUCAGUAACCAAUGCAAUGCAUAAGCGUAAAGACUAGUAUAAAAAGGUUUCAGUUUAUUAAUAUGGAGGUUUAAUUAAUAAAAAUAUCAUAAAUUACACUGUUAAGUGUACAUUGAAAUCCAGAUUCUGUUGUUUUCGGUGCUUCAAAUAUCCCUAUUCAUUUGAUCUUGAUUAAUUCUCCUGCUGGUUAUCUACAGAAAUGCGUGAAUGUAUCAGUGUACAUGUUGGACAGGCUGGAGUACAAAUGGGUAAUGCUUGUUGGGAGUUGUAUUGUUUAGAGCAUGGGAUACGACCUGAUGGUCAUAUGCCAAAUGAUAAAACUACAGAAAGAUCAGAUGAUGCUUUCAAUACAUUCUUUAGUGAAAUGAGUUCAGGAAAGCAUGUACCACGUGCUGUAUUUGUCGAUUUGGAACCUAAUGUAGUCGAUGAAGUCAGAACUGGAUCAUAUAAACAAUUAUUUCAUCCAGAACAAUUAAUUACUGGUAAAGAGGAUGCAGCUAAUAAUUAUGCACGUGGUCAUUAUACAGUUGGCAAAGAAAUUAUUGAUUUAGUAUUAGAACGUAUUCGAAAAUCUGCUGAUCAGUGUACAGGUUUACAGGGUUUCUUGAUUUUUCACUCAUUCGGUGGUGGUACAGGAUCUGGUUUCACAUCUCUACUGAUGGAAAGAUUAAGUGUUGAGUAUGGGAAACGAUCUAAACUUGAAUUUGCUGUAUAUCCAGCACCACAAAUAGCUACAGCUGUUGUAGAACCGUACAAUUCUAUUUUGACAACGCACACCACACUUGAACAUUCUGACUGUGCUUUUAUGGUGGAUAAUGAAGCUAUUUAUGAUAUCUGCAGAAAGCACUUAGGCAUUGGUCAUCCUACAUAUACCAACUUGAAUAGACUAAUUGCUCAGAUAGUCAGUUCAAUUACUGCUUCACUUCGUUUCGAUGGGGCUUUAAAUGUUGAUUUAACAGAAUUUCAGACAAAUUUAGUUCCUUAUCCUAGAAUUCACUUCCCAUUAGCAACCUAUGCACCGAUCAUUUCAGCAGAAAAAGCAUAUCAUGAACAGUUGAGUGUUGCAGAGAUUACUAAUUCUUGUUUUGAGCCUGGUAAUCAAAUGGUGAAAUGUGAUCCACGUUGUGGUAAAUAUAUGGCUUGUUGCUUAUUAUAUCGUGGUGAUGUUGUCCCUAAGGAUGUGAAUGCAGCUAUUGCAAAUAUUAAAACUAAGAAAGCUAUACAAUUUGUUGAUUGGUGUCCAACUGGUUUCAAAGUUGGCAUCAAUUAUCAGCCUCCAUUGACUGUACCUGGUGGUGAUUUAGCAAAAGUUCAAAGAGCUGUAUGUAUGCUGAGUAAUACAACUGCAAUUGCAGAAGCAUGGGCUAGAUUAGAUAGAAAAUUCGAUUUAAUGUAUGCCAAGCGUGCAUUUGUUCAUUGGUAUGUUGGUGAAGGUAUGGAAGAAGGUGAGUUCAGUGAAGCACGUGAAGAUACUGCUGCACUAGAAAAAGAUUAUGCUGAAGUUGGAUGUGAUACAGUUGUAGUUGAUGAAGAUGAAGAACAAGAAUUCUAAUGUAUAUUUCAAUGUGAAUUUCUAUUCAAUUUCAAGUAAAACUUGUUCUUGUUAUUAUCGUCAUCAUCAUCAUUAUUAUUUUGCAAUUCUCUUCGCUUAAUUUUGUUUAAAUUAGUAUAUGUUUCGUUCUUUAAAUCUUUAACUUAUUGACUAUCACUUAAUAAACUAUCACUGUCAUUUAGAAUUUUUGUUUGUCACUAAUAAUCAUUGUUGUUAUACAUAGUCAUUUUAACUCCUGACAAGUUAGGCUCAUGAAAUUACCAAUAUAUUAAGGCGAUUUUCAUAGCUAUCACCUGCUUGAUCUACUUUACCAACCGACAAUUUACGAUACUUAAACUAAUCUUCAAUCCACAGACUAUCCAGGGUAUAUUUGGCUAACAUAUAAAUGUACUAACUACAAGGUGAGAAUAAUAAUAAUAAUAAUAAUAAUAAUAAUAAUAAUAAUAAUAAUAAUAAUAAUGAUCUUCAAAGGCUUCA